CAUUACAAACUGUCUAAGCAAAAGCAAAUUACUUUAUUUCCUCUGUAGUAAGAAAUGAGUGUCAAUUCGAGUGAACAGCUAACACUCCAGGAGUCUAUCGCCGCUACCACUAUUCCAGUUUAUUUCAUAUUUUCGUUGGGAUUUAUCGGAAAUGGGUUGGCAUUGUAUGUGCUAAUUUCCUCCUCGUCAGUUCAUAAAUGGGCUCCAUUUCAGCGACUUGUGCUAGGAUUGAUCGUUACUGAUGCUGGAGGCUCACUAUUGAUAUUCCCCACAAUUCUCGUCCGCUUCGCGUCAAACUUUACCUACGUUUUCCCACCAGUUUUGUGUAACUUUAGCUCAUUUACUCUGAUGUUUACCAUUACGUCAUCAGCUCUCAUUGUCUGUAUGAUGUCGGUAGAUAGGUUUGUUGCUGUGCUUUUCCCAAUGGCAUAUAAGGCUCAAAAUAAACAGAAACGAGUGAACAUUAUGCUUGUGUCUGUCUGGGUGUUUUCGGCUAUAUUUAGCAGUCUGCAUCUGCUCGGAUUUGGUUCAAAUUUUAACUUUUAUCCGGGCACGUGGUGUUUCUUGAAUUAUCUGGGGAAGUCGGUCCUCGAUCGUGCCAGUGCCUUCGUCUUUGCUAUUUUUGGAAUUCUUGUCAUUCUGGUUAUAGUGAUAUCUAACUGCGUCGUCAUAGUAACGUUAUGUCGUACUAAAUUGUCAGGGAGCACGCGCAGUCACGUGUCCAUUGCCGUCUACCUGGUAGUCUUAGUUACUUUGUUCCUUGUCUGCACAGCACCAGUCAUGAUUACUAUGCUCUCUUUUGCGGCACAAUGGACAACAGAAAAAGAUCCCAAGGAUAACACAGCGGUGGCGCUAGCUGUCACUAAUGCCAUAUUUGACCCAUGGAUCUACAUUCUCCUGCGCAAUGAGACACUCAUUCGAAUACGUAAACAAACCGCCAAAUUACGCUCAUGUCUACCGUGCUGUCAAGAGAAUCUGCCUGGUCAACUAGAGGAAUCAGUGGCUGACUCAGGCGAGACGCCAGAUAGCGUUAGAACAGAGGUGGAUGUGGUGUGAUACAAAAAAUAGUCGAUGUAAUUCUAUGGACUGUGAAGUCGUUUACAUGCAAAAGAAUCGAAGAAAUAAAUACUUUCAAACUUUU